AUGAACGCAGAAACCGAAACCGACACUGGAAUACAAGUACAACGUCGAAGCGGCAGCCGACUUCGAGAGUUCGAUCCCUCAGCUUAUGAUUGGGAUGAAUGGGAGAUACUUCUGGAUACAUUUUUCAAGGUGGAAGGGAUUCGGAACGAAGAAAAGAAACGGGAUUUGUUGAUCACGGCUCUGGGUGUAAAACCUUUUAAGACAUUAAUUGCGUUAUGCAAACCUGCCAAACCAGCUGAUUUCACAUACGAGACGAUUUUAACGAAAUUACGUACGAAUUAUGCACGUGUCACGUUCGCUUCGACCGAACGGAUCAAAUUUUUCUCAUUAAAACAGUCGUCGACACAGUCGUUAACUGAUUUUGCGAAUGAUCUUCGGGACAAAACGACUACUUGCAAAUUUCCAAUGGAUUUCUACGAAGAAGCACUCAUUACGGCUUUUGUAGGUGGUUUACUGGAUGCAGCAGUCCGCAAACACUUGAUGCAAAAGCAACUGGACACGUUUGAAGAAACGCUCAACGCGGCCAAUACCAUUAGUUCGGUAUUGACUCAAGGAGCCAGUGUUGUUCGGGACGGAACGGAGGACUUAACGAUCAACAAGAUUCAAAAACGUCACGGUUUUCCCAACAAGCCCACAUCUUCCGGCGAUUGCCUGAGUUGUGGUAGUGCGGAUCACCAUCGAUCUGAUUGCACAUUCAAGAAUGCGUUAUGUUUCAAAUGCCACAAGAGAGGACAUAUUGCCAAGGUAUGUCGAUCAAAGGUCGACAAUACAUCUUACAACGUCAAUACAAUCGUUUCGUCGACUUUUUCGAGUGAUUCAGUGGACACAGCUUUCAGUUUGUCAUUGUCCGUUGAUCAUCAAGAAGUUCAUUUCCAAUUGGAUACAGGCUCCCCAGUCACAAUCAUCAAUUCGGAUACGUGGAAGCGCCUUGGAAAACCUAAAUUGCAUCAGAAUUCCAUGAAGUAUUCUAGUUUUACCGGUCAUUCGAUUCGUUUUAGAGGCGAAUCAUGGGUGGAAAUAUCCUAUAACGGAAAAUUUUUUUCACUGAAAACUCUGGUCGUUUUUGAAAGUCAAGCCAAUAUUCUGGGUCGCGAUUGGAUCAAGGCACUUCAACUACUGAACAAGUCAUUCACAGAUCGCAAGGACACCACGGCAGUGUGUUCAAUACAGUCUUCGCUGACGGACUUACAAGAGAUUUGUACGCAAUAUAAAGAGAUUUUUGAAGAUCAAUUGGGGUGUUGUAAGCUACAAGCCCAAUUGCAUUUGAAACCAGAUGUGUUACCGAAGUUUUUCAAACCACGUUCAAUUCCUUUCGCAUAUCGCGACGCGGUCGAAGCCGAGUUGGUACGGUUUGUCGAAAACGGAAUUCUUGAGCCAGUGGAUUUUUCAAAGUGGGCCGCCCCGAUAGUAGCGGUACCGAAGCCUGGUGGGAAGGUGCGAAUCUGUGCUGAUUUCAGUACUGGGAUUAAUCAAGCAAUCGAUAUAGAUCAAUAUCCGUUGCCUAGACCAGAUGAAUUAUUUGCCGUUUUGAACGGAGGUAAAUUUUUUAGCAAGAUCGAUUUUUCCGAAGCAUAUUUACAAGUACCAAUGGAUGAAACCAGUAAAAAUAUUCUGGUGAUUAACACACACAAAGGGUUAUAUCGUUACAAUCGAUUACCAUUUGGCAUUGCUUCCGCACCGAGCAUCUUUCAAAAGUUGAUGGAUACCAUGUUAUCCGGGUUAGAUGGAACUGUUGCCUACUUGGACGAUAUUAUCGUGACAGGCUGUUCGGAACUGGAUCAUUUAAAAAAUUUAAAAAAUGUUUUUGCUCGGAUCCAAGAUUUUGGUUUUAAAAUUAACAAACAGAAAUGUUCAUUUCUACAAUCCGAGGUGGAGUAUCUUGGUUUCGUGGUAAAUUCCGACGGUAUUCAUACGUCGACGUCGAAAACCGUAGCAAUUCGUGAAAUGCCACAGCCAUCGAAUGUGUCACAAUUGAAAUCAUUUCUCGGCAUGGUUAACCACUACGCAAAAUUCAUUCCUCAUUUGGCGUCUCAGUUGACACCGUUGUAUGCGUUAUUGAAACAAGAUGUUCGUUGGCAUUGGAAUGCAGAUUGUAGCAAGGUUUUCGUCGAUAUCAAAAACAAAUUAUCAUCAUCAUUAACCUUGACUCAUUACGAUCCCAAAGAGAAAUUGGUUUUGGCUACUGAUGCAUCGAGCUAUGGACUGGGCGCGGUGAUAUAUCACAGGUUUGCUAAUGGAAAUGAGAAACCGAUUGCAUACGCAUCAAAAACACUUACUAAAACGGAGGCAGGAUAUGCACAAAUUGAGAAAGAAGCACUAGGAAUCAUGUUUGGUUUACAAAAAUUCGAUGAAUUUUUGAGAGGACGCCGUUUCACUCUGGUAACUGAUCAUCAGCCUUUAAUUACUAUAUUUGGUCCAAAGCGCGGUAUACCGACUACAUCAGCCAAUCGACUUCAACGAUGGGCAAUCCGUCUAAUGGCAUAUAGUUACGAUAUUGAAUAUUGUUCUACUACCCGAUUUGGACAUGCUGAUGGCCUAUCCAGACUUCCCAUUGGACCAGACUCAACAUUUGACACUGCCAGUGCUGGUGAAGGGCAGAUAGUUGCUGCUAUUCAACAAGAAUACCAGGCGGAAUUACCUAUUCGUGCGAAACAAGUUGCUCAAGCUACUCUCAAAGACAAAGUGCUUUCGUUAAUCUAUCGCUAUACUCAAGAUGGUUGGCCGGAGACGCAUCCGAUUGAAUGUCAAUCAUAUUUCAAAAUCCGAUAUGAAUUAUCUACCUCAUAUGGUUGCAUUGUGUGGGGUUUGCGCACCGUUAUUCCAUUGUGUUUCCGAACACGUCUUUUGAAUCACCUUCAUUUAACACAUUCUGGCAUGGCUCGAAUGAAAGCGGAAGCUCGGCGGUAUUUCUGGUGGCCCAAUCUCGAUAGUGAUAUUGAACGUGUGGCCAGAAAUUGUCGAGUUUGUACGGAAAACUCCAAACAAACGGUAAAAGUUCCAAUGAACCAAUGGUCACCACCUGAUCAUCCGUGGCAACGUAUACAUAUCGAUUUUAUGGGAAAAUUUCUGGGUUUAUAUUUUCUGGUUAUUGUCGAUGCAUAUUCCAAGUGGGUGGAAGUGAUUACAAUGACCACUAUCACGUCACAAAUCACGAUCAACGCUUUGUCAUCUUUGUUUGCUCGUUUCGGUGUUUGCUCGUUUCGGUCUUUGCCAAAUUUUUGCUCUCGUAACGGCAUCGAUCAUGUCCGUACAGCACCAGCCCACGCCCAAUCAAAUGGACAAGCUGAACGGUAUGUGGAGACCGUGAAAUCUGCACUCACGAAGAUUGUUCAUGAGGGAGGUAGUGUAACAGAAGCUCUGAUGAAAUUCCUUUUCAAUUAUCGCACGACUCCUCAUGCGACAACUGGCCAAACACCAGCCGAGUUGUUUUUAAAACGUCCAUUAAGGACUGUACUCGACUUAUUACGUCCCAAUUAUGCAGAAGCCACACGCCUUGCACAUAAUCGGUAUCAAGUCAACUUUGAUAAGAAAUCGAAAGAGCGAUAUUUUACGGAGGGUGACAAAGUGUUAGUACGUGAUUUUAGAGCAUCCUCAACAAAAACGCAAUGGAAACCGGGAUCAUUAAUUCACCGUCAAGGAUCUCGAUUAUGGUUAGUCAAAGUUGGUGAUCAGACUUGGCGACGCCAUGAAAAUCAACUUCAGUUUCGGCAUUGGGAUGAUUCGGAGGACAACAUGGAUGAUAUUAUUCCAUCGACUGGUGUAUCACAAGCAGUUACACUGGAUGCAAAUGAAGAAUCAAAUCUGGUGUCUGUCUCAUCAACACCAACAACAACAACUACCGCAUCGACAUCGUCGAGUUCUUCCUCGUCUGACCAGGAGUCUCCGAUGCUUCGGCGUACAACAAGAAUUCGGAAACCUCCACAGCGUCUUAUCGAAGAAAUUUAA